CUUCCCUCAACUCAUCACCUCCGUCGAGGUCAGUCUCUCAUCGAAAGACCCUUUUCUUUCACCUGACAAUGGUCUUCGUAAUGAUCGCUGUCGACUGAUUCUGCUCCUCUUGGCGCCCGCGACCCAUGCGGCCAUCGCAGACUUCCAGCUGACCCGCGCCGCCUCUCUCACCUGAUAUAACCUCGUCCAUCUGUCGACUCGUUUGUCGUCAUCGUCCUUCCCCAACGCUGGAUAAAAUGGUCUCGCUGAUAAGGUCGCGAAACUCGGGCAUUCCACCCGCAAAACGCACCCAUCACUUCGACAUACCAUAGCACUUUUUCUCUCGACCUCCUCCUCCGCACUCCUUUCUGAUGGAGAUCCAACAACAAUAUCGCAAUGGGUAUUCGGGAUGACCGCGAUGGAGGAGAAACACCAUCCUUCACCAUGGCACACCCUACAAUGGCCAUGGUGACAAUCGACCGUCCUGCCGCUCCAGCGCCGGACUCUUCGUCCCCCCUGAAGCCAGCCGGCCAAGCUAAGCAACCACCCUCUGACCCAACAGCCACCCCGGACCCCAACCUUGUCAACCCCCGUCUCCUCGUGAAUGGCGCUUGUAUCUACGAGCGACACCUUCCAGGCGAUGCGUACAUUACUGCACACGUGCAGCGUCUUCAGCACGGGUUCUACGCCAGCCCCGCCGUGUCCAACCAAGAUCACAACCACGUGGACUUCCUCGGUAUCACCUUCGUCUUCCACUCGCCCAAUACACUCUCCCAUCGCUUCAAAGCAGCCACCAUUCGGGCCUCUGUUCAGAGCGCAAGGGAGCAGUCAUCGUCAAGCAACCGGACCCGCCAUCCCCGCUUCCUCAUGCAUGCCCCGCACCUCCUCUACGGCGCCGUUUCCCCUGAAACCCUACAAUGGAACUACAGCCUCAGCGGCUCGCUUGGAGUUUCUGACCUCCCUCUCGUCGCGAGUCUCUCACCCAGCGGUGGCAUGAACGGACGUUAUAAGCGGUAUGAGAUGAUGCGGAUCCAGGGGUCGGUGCGAUCGCUCAGAAGCCCGCGCGGCCGAGCCUUCGACGUUGAGGGCGGCGAGAUCGUGUGGACCCUGGAGGAGAACAACUUGCAGCGAUCGGGCCUGCCGCGCGAGUUCACCUUCGCCAUGCUGAUCUCGAAACCCCGCGCGGAGAGCCGAGUUCAGUUUGCGCUGGACAUCGAUCCAGUCGUCCAAUGCUGGUGGUCGAGUUACCCGGGGCCCCUGCUAGCCCUACCGCGAUACAAGCCCGUGCGUCGACGGCCGGUGGAUUUCCGGACAGAAGUGGGCCAGCGUUUCGAGCCCCUCACGGCAGACAAGGGGUUCAACUUUGCGGCCCUAGAAAGCUCGUUCGAUGAUUACGUGCAUAUGCCGGGGCGGAAGUUUUCAUCUGGCAUCUCCCCGGACGGCGGAAUCGCACAAGACGACAACGAAGUCCGACGCGACGUGACCCGCGAUUGGACGAUGAUCGAACCGUUGCGUGGAGUUAACAAGAUCCCCGCCUUGCUGCCGGGCAAAUCGGGACUCAACCCCAACCAGCCCAUUCCUGCAAUACCGGGAUUCGACCCGGGAAGUUUCACAAUGCGAUUACUGUUGGAUAAUGCACAUGGGUCAAGCAGCAGGUACGCGCAUGUGACAUCGGAAGUGACCAAUGUACGAAAUGGGCAGCGAACCGAGCGACGAAUGGAGCGACGAAGCAAGGGAAAUAAUAAAUAGCAUUUUAGCAUGGAGUUGGCUGUCUGAUUUGAUUGUCUUGUCUCUGUUAGCGACUAGCAUG